CCUGACCUAGUCUUCCCUGGAAACAGGUUCCUUGUCAGGAUUUAAGAUGAAAACUCAGGUGACUCGUAAAGAUAUCCCCCCAUGGGUGAAAAUUCCUACCGACCUGGAAAGGCCAGAAGUAUUGCAAGUCAACAAGCUGGUGCUAAACGCUCUGUUCGGCCCACAGGGAUCUCGAAUGCCUCACUUCGAGCAGGUGGGCCGGGUCAUGUUUGAGCUCAAGACUCUGGAAUCUUCUGAUCUUACCGAGAUCUUAAUUUAUGGCUCUGGACAAAAGAAGUUUCGGACUAAAUGGAUGCUUCAGUCCAUGGCUGAGAGGUACCGCCUGCGCCAGGAAAGAGGCAUGCUCAAGCUGGAGGAAGGCAUGAAGGUCCUCGAACUAGACCAGGGUUCGAAGAAGUAAAGCCAGUUUCCAGUCAUUGUGAGUCC